AUCCCAACAGUAAACAUAACCACUAAUAUAGGCGUAGGCCUAUACGGUGGGUCACAGAAUUCGGUAUAAUACCUGCAAUGAGAAAUAAAAGAUAUCAUUUCAUUAUGCAAACUCAACGCUUUAUAGUAAUAUUCUGGAGUGCGCAUGUGUGUUUACACUGUCUGAAAUCAACGCGGGCAACCAACAGGCCGGCCUAUACUGUAACAUGUCUUUCCUGGAGUCAGUUGCGCUCGUUGACGCGCGUUCGUGUCGCGUCGCGUUCAGUAGAGGACGCAGGUGAGGUAAUCCUCUGAGAGAGCGAGAUCCUCUGACAUCAUGCGCCCAGGAAUCCCUCACUGUUAGCCUAAACAUGACUUCCACGAACCCGACUGAGGCGGAAUGUUGCGACCUCUCGACCGAAGAUGGAGGAACACAUGAUUCUACACAAACGACACACGAGCGAGCUGACACACAUCCUGCUGGAACAGAUGCCAGUUCCAUGGACCAACAAAGACCUACUUUUGCAGUGGAGGAAAAGGAGUCUGAGCUUUCGACGCAUGAGUUCAUUCCAUCGUCUUUAGGAUCAGAGCAGCACAUUUGUGAGUUAAAACAUCUCACCCGAGACGGACUAGAGCCAGACCUCGAGACCUCCGCUCCAGCUCUGGCCUUCACAGAUGAGUCCGCAGCCAGUCAAAGCCACAGUCGCCGGCACGAUCCUACUGAACAAGAAACUGAACAGAUCCUGGAGAACGAGGGGUUUGAUCAGGAAGAACUAAAGCAAGAUCAUGAGAACCGCAUUACACAGAGAAGAUAUGAUCUCGAGGAAGAAACGCCAGCUGUGGUGGUGACCCAACCAGAUGAGGUCUCAUCAUCAGACCAGGUGGAGGACAUCGAUUUUUCUGUGAAGCAUGAGAACAUGGUGCACACCGAUUCCAGUCGCAAUGCGAGUCCCAGUGAUGGCACUGAACUCAGCUGUGACCUGCUGUCCUUAAAGAGUGACACCCUAUCUCUGAUCAGUGAAACGGCCAUCUCAUGCAAAAGAGAUGAACCUGAUGGACCUGAGGAAGACACUAGGAGUAUCACAUCAUCUUCAGUUAUGUCACUGUUUCAUCAGGUACAGAUGGAGCCCAUCGAGAGGGAGUGGCUGCGGUGUGCGGCGCUGGGAAACACUUCAACCCUGUUCCUGCUUCUGCAACAGGACCCCACACUCCUCUCCAAAAAGGACUUUGUCACUGGGACGGCGCUCCACUGGGCGGUCAAGCAGGGCCGCGUGGAGACGGUGGACAUGAUGCUGCGCUCCGGAGCGGACGUCAACCAGAGAGCGCAUGGGGGCUACACACCGCUCCACCUGGCUUCUCUGCACGGACAUGGCAAAAUCAUCCAGCUCCUAAUCAAUAACUACAACGCCAAAGUCAAUAUCAGGGACUACCAUGGGAAGAUGGCAGCUCAUUACUGGAAUGGCAGCAAGGAUCUUUUUACAGAACACAGAUCUCACUCCGCGGGCAGCUUGUCGAGGGGGAGGCGGGUCCAGUGCUACACACAGCUGUCUGCCCUCCUGUCUCGCUCUCAUAGUAACAGGAACAGCAAUGCAGAGCCGUCCGGCCGUCAACUAGAGCCCACUCCCUUAAACCGCUCAUCCUCAUCCUGAUACACACAUCCCGCGUUAACCACUGCUCAGUAUUUGAUAUGACCUCUUAUAGUAUUGAAUAAAAUAAGACAAUGUCACUGUUUAAAGGAAAAUAGUUUUGCUGUCAUCAUUUACUCACCCUUAUGUCAUUAAAC